AUGGCUAUUGUAAAUCAUAAUUAUGAGUUCAUUUAUGUCGAUGUUGGAAAACAGGGUAGGAUAUCUGAUGGUGGCGUAAUACAAGCAACAACAUUUCACAGAAGACUACAGAAUGAAACUCUUAAUUUGCCAAAACCUAUGGAUUGUGAAGAAAAUCGUAAUUUUGUAUUCAUUGGAGAUGAAGCAUUUGCACUAGAAGAACAUGUUUUAAAACCAUUUCCACAAAAAUCCUUAAACUAUGAAAGAAGGAUUUACAAUUACCGACUAUCAAGGGCUAGGAAUGUAGUGGAAAAUGCUUUUGGUCUAAUAGCAAGUAGAUUUCGCAUUUUGCAGACAUCUAUUAAUGUUGAUCCGAAUGACACAAACUAUAUUGUUUUAGCAAUUUGCACACUUCAUAAUUUUCUUAUAAAGCACAAUUCUUCUUAUGUCAAACCUACAUCUGAAAACAGUGAGACAUAA